GGUAUCGAUGUAUAGCCCCUUACAGUUACUGUUAAAGUCAGACUUCUAAGAACACUAGGGUUCACCAGUCUGGUUGAGGGCUGGUAAGAGAAUAGUGUUUAACACAGAGGCAUGAUGUUCCCCACACUGGUGCUGAUGGUGCUGCUGUGCCUUGCUGCCAGGUCCUUGGCUUGUGACACUGGCGCAUCACCUUUUAAAUCCACAGGGAUCGCUUGCAGAGUCACCAAACCAGCUGCCUUGGUUUUAAAUCAGAAAACUACCCAAGUCAUCCAGGCUGCAUUCAAGCAUGCAAAAUAUCCCAGCAUGAAAGGGGAGAGGUCCGUACUGUUCAUUGGGAAGGUUUUGUAUGGGUUAAACAAUUUAGAAAUCCACAACCUGUCAAUAGGUAAGAGUGAGGUGGAGCUGAGGGAAAACGAUGCCAUUGGGAUUGAAAUUCACAACGUCAGCGCUACCUUCAAGGGAACCUUGCAGUACGGCUAUGGGUCCUGGCUCCUCAACCUGGGGCAUUCCGUCGACUUUGAAAUUGAAUCCCAGAUCGACCUGCGGGUCAACACAAAGCUGUACUGUCGGAAAGGGAGAGUCGCUGCUGACACUACAGACUGCACCCUGAUCUUCCACAGGCUGUUACUACACCUGCAGGGGGACAAGGAGCCGGGAUGGAUUAAAAAGCUCUUCACAGACUUCAUCUCCUUCACAGUAAAGCUUGUCAUUAAAAGUCAGAUCUGCAAAGAAAUCAACACUGUAGCCAAUAUAAUGGCAGACUUCAUACAGGAGCGUGCAGAACUCUUCCUAAGUGACGGGGACAUAGGUAUGGAUAUCUCAUUGACAGCAUCACCCUCCAUGAGAGCGAGCUACAUAGAGUCCCACCAUAAGGGGCUUGUUUUGCACAGAAAGGUCCCAUCUUCAUUCCUCAAUGAGUCUGUGUUCAGCCCUGCCUUGCUGUCGGAGUCGCGCAUGCUGUAUUUCUGGAUCUCUGAUCAGGUUCUGAAUCCCAUGGUGAAGGCUGCCCACGAGGAUCUGCGGUUCAUACGCCACAUAGCAGGAGACGAGCUAAAGGAACUGUUUCAAGUUGAUCUGUCCGGGACCAUGCCGGAUAUCUUACACCAGAUCAUUUCUUCUGAAAACCCGCUGGCUAAGGUGUGGAGCCUGGCAGCCCCAGAGUUAUCGAUGGUGCCGCAGGGCACCACAGUGAAGAGCACAGCCGCUGUGGAACUGAGGACCAACUCCAGUGACACAGAAUCGCCUGCUCUUUACAUUGAAACGGAUGUUGAAGUAGUUGUUCAAGCUUCUUACGCAAAUAAGAAAUUGUUCUUGGAUGCCAACCCUAUAUCGAUAUCUAUAAGGAAGGUAUCAGACUCCGCUGGGAUGGAUCUGGAUGCAGACUCUGACAUGGAUUAUUUUAAACAAAUGGUCCACAGGAUUGGCAUACCGAAAGUGAUCUCAUAUCUGGAACUUGGUUUAACAUCGCUGAUGGACAGCAACAACCUCAAUUUAUUUGAAAUUAUUAAUCCUGAGAUUAUAACACAAAAGGGAUAUGUUGUCGUUCAGCUGGACUUUGGGUUUCCUCAUCAUUUGCUUGUGGAUUUCCUCAAAAAAAACUUUUAGCCAGAACGCUCCUGUUAACGGAAUAAUACUUUUCAGUUUGAGAUCGAAGAAUUCUGAAAUGUCGUUGUUUCUGUUAUACAUUUAGACCAGCAUUGUUAAGUGAACGUGCAGUGGGAGAAAACGGUAGUAACCAACACAUUAAAGGCGUGUUUUCUUCCUU